AUGUCCUCAAUCCAAGUAGAAGAAGACAUCUACGACGUCCUCGUCAUAGGCGCCGGCCCCUGCGGUCUCGCCAUCUCAGCCCGUCUCCACGAACACACCCCCGCCGCCCUCUUCACCGACGAAGAACACCGUCGCUUUCACUGGAUCUCCAAGUACGGCAACAAAAUGCCCCUCAAGCACGUCCGCAGCGGCAAAAUCUCUCCGCCCAAGCACGCUGCAAAGCCGCAGUAUAAAAUGCUGGUUCUCGAUGCAGAUAGCGAUACCUGGAUGGGCCGCUGGAAUAGGCUGUUCAAGAUGUAUGAUAUCUCGCAUCUGAGGAGCCCAAUGCUCUGGCAUGUUGAUCCGCUUGAUCGGGAUGCGCUGCUGGCGCAUGCGUAUGCUAAUGAUAGAGCGGAUGAACUGGUUGAGAUAAGGAAUUGUGUGGGAAAGGAGGUUAGCAAACAUGGGAGGAAGAAGAGUGGACAACGAGCUUGUGGUCGAAGACAAGAAGCUCGCGUUGACAUAAACGUGAGAGAGCGCAAUGACUACUACAACCCCUCAACGUCUCUCUUCUGCGAUCACUGCGAAAAGGUAGCAGCGCGGUAUAAUCUCAGCUCAAACAUGAUCCGCAAAGAAUCCCUCCAACAUCUGGACUAUGAUGAAGUGAAGGGCAUUUCCAUCGACGGCGAGAAACUCUUCACCGUGACAUCCAACAAAACUCGUCGAUAUGCUCGCACAGUAGUGCUAGCAGUCGGUCCAGCAAACGUUGCCAAAAUCCCCCGCAUCCCUUCUAUGCCCGAUGGACAGCUCCCUCAGACGUGUCACAGCAUGCACAUCACCGAGUUCCCAGACCCUAUCGUCAAAGCUCGAAUCGCUGCGAAGAAAACGACGAAUAUUCUUAUCGUUGGCGGUGGUCUUACAUCUGCGCAGUUAACGGAUCUAGCUAUUCGAAAAGGCGUCACCAAGGUGUGGCAUGUCAUGCGCGGACCACUGCGCAUCAAGCAUUUCGACGUUGGACUCGAAUGGAUGGGAAAGUUCAAGAAUGCGAAGCAAGCGCAGUUCUACUACGCUGAUUCAGACGAUGAGAGGAUCGAGAUGAUCAAAGAGGCGAGAGGUGGAGGAAGCAUCACGCCUGUAUUCCACAAACGACUCAAGAAACAUCUUCUCACAAAGAAACUCGAGCUCUUCACUGAGACAAGUCUCGCCGAUGCCCAAUUCGAUGCUGAGAAGGGUACAUGGACCGUUCAGACCAAUCCACCCAUCGACAUGCCAGCCAUGGACUACAUGUACUUCGCAACCGGCAUCCAAACAGACUUCUCCUCGCUUCCCUACCUACAAACAAUUCUAGAGAAACACCCCAUCGAAGGACGCGGUGGCUUUCCCUGUAUCAAUAACGAUCUUAUGUGGAACGAUGAUGUCCCGCUCUUCAUGAUGGGAAGACUGGCUGCACUGCGUCUUGGCCCUGCGGCGCCGAAUCUAGGCGGCGCGCAGGUCGGUGCGGAGAGGAUCGCAUGGGCUAUUGAGGAUAGAGUUGCGCGGCCUGGGGAAGAUGAGGGGGAGGAUUAUAGGAAGGGGUAUUUAUCUGGGCAUGGGAAUAUGUAUAGUUCUUUAGCUUGUGAGUAG